AACGUCUUCUGUCGCGCAUCAUCAUAUAGUUCCAAACGAAAAUAUUCAAUUUUAUCACAAUAACUUAAUAUUUAUGCAUAUUACUAUCAGAGGGUGCAACGGGUAUAGGACACCAGAGCCCUCAGCACACGUCUUCACACAUCAAGAAUGGAGAAAGUGGAAACCAGUUGUAACAACAGUGGUUAAUGGGGGGGCAAAAAUAUCUGAUACAGGAAUGCUGUGUGCUUCAGUAAACUGCAAACGAAGAAAUUAUGGUGUGUAUCAAACACACUUAAAGUUAAACACAAAUAUUGCAAUGUUAAAGAUAAAAUGAGCGAUUAGUGAUUUAUUAAGUGGGGUAUGGUUAUGGCUGUUCGUAUGACGUCAUACUCAUAGAAACAUCAGAAUAGGUAGUAGGAGUAAGGAAGUACUAUCUUUAAAAAGUUUUAAUAAGCCACGCUGCUUACGAUUUCAAUUAUUUGAAUUUCUUUGGACUCUGGUUUUAUAUGUUUGUUUGUGACAAGCAAUGUUGGUAAUACAAAAAUACAGUUUAUUGAUAGGCCUAAUGCCAGUACUGCUAGUGCUAUUACUAGUAGUGGCAUUGUGCCAACUUGGGUUACUGUAGUGUCGUUCAGUAGAAAACCGAAUUACGAGGAAAGUCUACGUUACUGUACUAUUUCUAACUUCCAUUAGUUCAAGAUCAAUACUUGACAGUGUUAUUAUUGUAGUACCAGGUACCGUAGAAUUAUAGAAGUUACUAAUUUUGACAAAAUGUUGUGUUUUCCACAUGUUAACAUGGGCAGUUCCUGUUUUUAUAUAUUUCUACCUUAUUACAUAGAACAGACCACAAGGUCACUGUAAUUUUCCCUUUUCUGAAGUUUUCGUAUUUCUCUUGUUUAGGCUAUACAAUUUUUUGGGAGUGGCAGUAUUUAAGAUAUUUUACAACAAGACCUAAGUGAACAUAUUCUUUAAAAAUAUGAUAACUUAAGUACAAGAAAAAUAUGGUUUGUGCAUUUCACUUAUUACAAUAUAUUCAGAUUUCCAUUCCGUAUAAAAUGUAAGCAUUGAGUUGUUGGUUAGUCAUGGAAUGCAUAUAUUAUUUCUAGACUUAGUUUUGUUUUGUUUUUGUCAGGUAAACAUUUAAAAGGAACCAGAAGUUAACCACAAACAUUCAGCUUUUUGCCUGCUGAACACUAAGCAAUGUAGGGAAGUUAGUAGCCAGACAGAAUAUUAAAUAACUUUAUUUUACAACUUUUAAACAAAUAUUAUCUUAAAAGGAAGAAUUUUUUAUUAUUUUAAAUGAAGUUUCAAAUGGCUUCUGCCUUUCCCAAUACUCAGAAUGAAAGAACAUGCCCAUCGUUAAUUUGUCCAUUAUGUCUAGCUCAAAGUCUAGAACCAAAAGUUUUACCAUGUUUGCACACAUUUUGCAAAUAUUGCCUGGAGCAGUUCAAUGAACUUAAUCAAGACUCAUUAUCUGGGCAUUUAAAAUGCCCAACUUGUCAGCAAAAAAUUUCUGCUAUUUCAGAAAAUUUAGGGUUAGACACUAUAGUGUCAAAUCUACUUAUUGGGAACAUAUUAGAAGUGGUUAAGGAUGAUUUUGAGUAUAAAAAUGGUUUGAAUGGACUAGAGAUAUCUCUAAUUCUGUGCAGCUGUUGUGAAGAAGGAAACAAUGCUGUAGGUCGCUGCCGAGAUUGCAAUGAAUUGUUGUGUGAGAACUGUAUUCAAGCACAUCAACGUGUUCGUUUGACAAAAGAACACUAUAUUAUACGAUUUACAAAUGAUUUAUCUCAGCAUUGUACACCUUCUACUCAGCCUGUUGGAGGUCAUUCCGACUAUUAUUGUGAUGUACACAAAUGUGAAGUGCUUAGACUGUUCUGUGAUACCUGUAAUGAACCACUAUGUAGGGAAUGUGCACUGAAAUUACAUAGAAGUCACAGUUUUGUCUAUUUGCAAGAUGCAAUACAGAAUUCCAAAGUUCUCAUAUUCAAAUUACUGUGUGAUGCAAAAGCAGGAUUGCAGGCAAUUGAGGAAAGCAUUGAAAUAACCCAACAGAUGACAGACAGAGUAGAAGUCAGAGCCCAGAAUGUUUCUGCUGAUGUUCAUGAAACAAUACAAAGACACGUGAAUGUUCUUGAAGAGAGAGAAAGAGAGUUAUUGCGACAUGUGGAAACCAUUCGUCAAGUAAAAGGGAGAUCAUUACAUUUGCAAAUGGAAGACUUGAAAGUAGCGUUAGCAAAAAUGACUCAUAUAGUGGAGUUUAUCCAACAUGUGCUUGAUUCAGGAUCAGAUAUUGAUAUUUUAAAAGCUAAAGACAAGGCAUAUACACAGUUGCAUGAGUUAAGAUAUUAUCAGAAUCACUUACAGCCUCAGGAAGAUGAUAAUAUUCUCUUUACUCCACCAGACAAUGCUCUGUUAAGUGCAGUUAGUGCUCUUGGUUUCGUCAGUAGUAGUGGUUUUGCUCCAAAUUGUAUUGCUGUGGGUGAAGGAUUGAAAUGUGCUCUUCGAGGUCGAAUUUCUAAUUUUACUGUCCAAACUAAAGAUCAUUUAGGUGAUGUUCGACUUGUGGGUGGUGAUCCAUUCCAUGCCGUUAUUCAGGGUCCUGAUGGAACAUUAUUUCGUGCUGAUGUUGUGGAUCAUCAGAAUGGUUCCUACUUAGUAAGUUAUCGACCACAAACUGAAGGUCGCCACAUUGUGUCUGUAACUUUGCAUGGAAUGCAUAUCCAACAAAGUCCAUUUAACAUUAUGGUGCGAUCAGGGAGAAAUUACAGCACUAUAGGACAAGUAUUGUUUUCUUUUGGUAGUGAAGGAGAUGGAGAAAGUCAGUUGUGUCGACCAUGGGGUGUUUGCACUAAUAGAGAAGGCUAUAUUAUUGUGGCCGAUCGAAGCAACAAUCGUAUUCAGAUUUUUAACAGUGAUGGAUCCUUUCGGUACAAGUUCGGAUUUCCUGGCUCUCGCCCUGGACAAUUUGACCGACCUGCAGGAAUAGCUACCGAUGCUCAAAACAGAAUUAUUGUUGCAGAUAAAGAUAACCAUAGAAUUCAAGUUUUUACUUUUGAUGGUACGUUCCUAUUGAAAUUUGGUGAAAAGGGAAGUAAAAAUGGUCAGUUCAACUAUCCGUGGGAUGUUGCAGUAAACUCUGAAGGGCAGAUUUUGGUGUCUGAUACUCGUAAUCAUCGUGUUCAACUUUUUCAGUCAGAUGGAACAUUCAUUAAUAAGUAUGGAUUUGAAGGUGCUUUGUGUAAGCACUUUGACUCUCCUCGUGGUGUUUCUUUCAAUCCAGAAGGAUAUAUGGUUGUGACAGAUUUUAACAACCAUCGUAUUCUUGUGAUCCAUCCAGAUUUUCAGUCAGCCCGUUUCCUAGGCACAGAAGGACCCAACAAUGGACAGUUCUUGCGACCACAAGGUGUAGCUGUAGAUCCUGAAGGGAACAUCAUUGUUGCUGAUUCCAGGAAUCAUCGAAUUCAGAUAUUCCAACCAAAUGGAACUUUUCUUUGCAAAUUUGGAACACUAGGAAGUGGUCCAGGUGAAAUGGAUCGUCCUUCAGGUGUUUGUAUCAGUCCUGAUGGCCUCAUUAUUGUGGUAGAUUUUGGAAACAAUCGAAUCCAGGUAUACUAGGUAGAAACCUAAGACAUGUGACUAAGGUUCAAUUGAUGUGUUACAAUUUUUUUAAGAUGUGAGUUCUCACAAUAUACAUUUUUAUAACUGUAUCAUGAAGACCAUUAGUUAGAUUUAGCCAAAG